UUUUUUUUUUUUUUUAAGCGUCGUACAGUUUAGUUUGCAUCACAUGACGUUGUAGUCAUGGGCAUAACCUUUGAACCAAAACAAUGGCGUAUUGCUUUCACGCACCUUUCGAAAAUAGUUCUUCCAUGACUUAGAUUAUGGGGAAUUUGUUACAAACUUGAAUGGAAUAAUUAUGAGUAUUGUCGUGUUAUUUAUGUGUAUUUAUUGUUGAGGUGCCCUUUUCUUAAUUGAGUGGAUUCAUUUACUUGAUUAUUUUUGCAGCGGACGAAUAUUUUUUGGGAAGUAGUGCGAUUUCAUGAUCAUCCAUUAUGGCGACGGACUUCGAAAUUCAUUAUGGCCGAAGAAAAAGUUACAGGUUACAAACAAGCAAGUGACAUUUUCUUCAGAAAAAUAUGUAAAUGUCCUGCAAGAUUAUGUUGAGCAAAGAUAUUCCGUGUUCGUAUACUUCAAACAACUCAGCAAAUGGUGAAAUUGGUAACGAAAUCUGUGUGUUACGAUAAACGUUCGUUCUUGUUUGUGCUUCAGGUAGCAACACGAUAAUAUGCUGUUAGGAAAGGCAGCAGACAUUAUAUCAUAGCUGCUGUUUUUGUAAAACUUCUAGUCUACUGAAGAUCAGCAGCUGUUUUAUAUCUUCUUUGCCAAAGUCCGGUGCCACGUUACACAAACUUCUUUGAAGCUGUUGUACAGUACCAUAGGCCAUAUUAGCACUUCUCUAGUCAAAACAUAGUGUUCCGAGCCAAAAAUCACUUAUUUUUAUGCACAUAUAAACUGAAUCCAUUGUCAGUAUGGAGAAAUAUGAGAAAAUUAGCAAAAUUGGAGAAGGUUCAUAUGGUGUUGUGUUUAAGUGCCGGAACAGGGAGACUGGGACUCUUGUUGCUAUCAAAAAGUUUGUGGAGUCCGAAGAGGAUCCGCUGAUCAAGAAGAUAGCUAUGAGGGAAAUCAGAAUGUUGAAGCAACUGAAGCAUCCUAAUUUGGUCAACUUAAUAGAAGUGUUCAGAAGGAAGAAACGUCUCCAUCUAGUGUUUGAAUAUGUAGAUCAUACGGUGCUAAAUGAACUGGACAGACACCCAAAAGGGGUGCCUGAGACACUUGUCAAGAGAAUUAUUUAUCAAACACUGCUUGCAGUGAAUUUUUGUCAUCAGCACAAUUGUAUACACAGAGAUGUGAAACCCGAGAAUAUCCUGAUAACGCGGCAGGGACAAGUAAAGCUGUGUGAUUUUGGGUUUGCCAGGGUGUUGACUGGACCUGGUGAUGAAUACACAGACUAUGUGGCCACUCGGUGGUACAGAGCCCCAGAAUUACUGGUGGGGGACACUUGUUAUGGACCACCAGUGGACAUCUGGGCAAUAGGAUGUGUGUUUGCUGAGUUACUGACGGGCCAGGCAUUAUGGCCAGGGAAGUCUGAUGUAGAUCAGCUUUACCUUAUAAAGAAAACUUUAGGAGACUUGUUACCUCGUCAUGCGGAAAUUUUCUCCAAUAACACAUUCUUCAAAGGAAUGACUAUUCCAGAACCAGAUAGAAUGGAAACUCUGGAAGAAAAAUUUCCCAAAAUAUCACCCAUGACACCAGCUAUGAACUUUAUGCAGGGGUGUCUAACCAUGGACCCAGCGCAGCGGUUAAGCUGCACAGUUCUUCUGCAGCAUCCGUACAUGGACCAAAACAAAGAAAUCUACGAUUCUCCAAACCGCAAAGACAAGCCAGAGAGAAAUAAAAAUAAGCCAGCUUCUCGUGCCAGUAAUCACUAUCCCUCCCAGAGUGCAACAUACCAUCCACAGCUGCCCCAGUUGACUGGAAACCCUGGUUUUAACAUGUCUACCUCCCCCAUACCAGGCACCAAGUACACCAAGAAACACAAGUACGACCACCACCUUCCAAACAUCUGACUUUUCGGCCAAGGGGUUCUGCGUCAUGACAACUAGACUGGAGGAGCUAGCCAAGCAUGAUGUUUAAUCCUGGAGGCCUAUUCACAUCGGGAGCAAUGGAACUUUUGUUUGUGGUGUACAUGUACAACUUUUGUUCGAGCACGUGUGGAGCUUAUUCUAUAAAUUUUUUCCAGCCAUUUUUUAAUACUCAAAACAACCUCCUUAUUGACCUCAUCUGAAUGAGUAAAUAUUCAAAAGUUGCGACUGUGUUGUAUUCUGUGAUUUGACGGUUUUUAUUGAUACCGGUAAAUGUAUUGCUGCUAUAGAGGAUUUUAAUGUGAUAAGCAUUUCUUACUUUUCUUUAACAUUUGUCAUUUUGACAUUUUUGCUGUAUUUAUAUCUAUGGAGAGAUAUAGUGACAGCUAAAUAAUUUAUGUCAUUGAUUACAUUUUUCUUCCAAGGUAAUUUUUCCCUUGCCUCAUUGAUAGUACAAUGAUAAAUCUUAUCUCUGUAUUGCUUGUUUCAGCAGCUUCUUAUUAUGCAUUCAGAAUUUGUUUCAAACAAGCUGAAUGCAUGAUAUUAUGUGCGAGUGAUAAGAAUGUUCGUUGAUUUCCAUGUGAUGAAUGUACAUUUGUAUGUUUAUCUUUGCUUGUAUUAAGAUUGAAUGCUACCAUGUGCAUGUUGCAAGAACAAUUUUCAAAGACGUAAUUUUUGUAAAUUCAGUCGGUAAAUAAUCGGAAAAAAGGAGAUAUUUUUUGUGUAAGAUGUGUUGAAACUCAAUAUUUUGUGAAUUGUAUUCAAGAGGAAAAUACAAGUUCUUUGGAUGUGUUUCAUAAAAUUUUUCAUUAAGUAGUUUGUUCAUAAAUUCAUUUGAAGUAUUCACGAGUCAAAAAGGGGGUUGUUUUGAAGUUUUGCACCAUAUAGCUAACAAUGUUAUUGUAAUCUGAAUAUUCAGUGAUUGUUAUGAAUAUUCAUAAGUAGAAAUAUUUUAUAUUAUAUAUUGAAUAGAAUAGAGAAGAGAAGAGUGGUUUAAGAAUGGAAAUUGAAUGAUUUACUUGAUCUUUGCCAAUUGUUUUUUUAAUUCUAGAAAUGUUUAGUUUAGGGUGAGUGAGACUAGCAUGAAAUGGAAUUAUUAUUGUUAAAUAAAUAUAAAAAAGUUAUUUGAAUCUAGUAGAUUUACAGUAUACCUUGGUAGGUUACUUUGCUUCAAUAUAAAUGCUAGGAUAAAAAUAAUGUAUUAGUCCAGUUUCUUAGGUUAGGGGUGACAGAAAACUUUUGCAACAUUCUAUGUAUGAAAAAGCUGUUAAAUCUUUAGAAAGUUGCGAAUGUUUUAAGUAUUAACAUGAUCAAAAUUAGAGGUAUUUGAUAUUUUUUGGUUUAUUGUUUUAUACUUCAUUAUUGGUAAAAGGGACAAGAUAAGAAAGAAAAUGGCAAUUGUGGGAGUUGGAAGCUCUGCUAGUAGUAAUUAAAUGGAGUUUCUCAAAUAGGAGUAGGUAAUGUUUUUGAUAAAUCUUGAGGAAAAACUUAUUUGAAUGAUCUAGUACAAAAUCAAAGUUAUGCUAUUUGGAUAAAACUAAUUAAAUAAACAAAAUGUUAGACACCACAUGUAGAAAUAUGUUUGAUGUUAGAUGGCUCCAAUGCUUUGUUUUUUCUCCGGCAGACACCUUGCUUUAUAGAGUGACAUUUCUGGCACAUCUAUGACUUGUGUACUAACCUUGUUUCCCCACAGCACUAAUUUCUGCCUCUCUCCGUUGCUUCCGAAGUUGCCUCCCAAAGAAAAACAAAAAAAAUUUCAUCAUAGCAACGACAUGUCAAUUAUGGUGUAGGUGAUUCUUGUUUUAAGUUUUCAUAUUGUAACCAUAAUAUUCCACUCUUCCCAUUACAGAUCUUGUGGGUUUUAUUAAAUAUGUUUGUUUGGAUGUCAUCUGCCAUUUUUUGAUCAUGUGAAUAAUAUGCUUUGUGUAGAAAAUAUAUAAACAUACUUGUGUAACCUUCAUAAAUCUUGAAUUUUUUUUCUUGUACUGAUGGUAGAAUUGUUUGUUUUGGUUUUUUUUUUUUUUUUUUUUUUGGUUUUUUUUUUCAUAUGGCUAAUGAUGUAAAUAUGUUGAUAUGUUAUAAAACAUACUUUACAUUUAUGUAUAACAAAUAUAUAUAUAUACUCAUGGAAUCAUAUCUGGUUGUAAGGAGAUCAGAAGAUCUGAACAGCUUUAAUUUUAUAUAUAUAUAUUAGUGAUUGUAAGAUUAUACAGUUAUCUGUAGCCAAGGAAACACCCCAAUAUGUCGGUAAUAUGAGUUGAAAAUUAUCAAUUUAUAUUUGUGUGUUUCCAUAAUUUUGCCAAGUGAACUUUUUGUGAUCAUUCCAAUGUGUGAAUGACAAGUAGAAAUUGGUAGUCUCAGGAAUAUUUUUUUGUAAUGCAGAAUUGAGAAUUGUUGAAGAUAUUGGGAACAAUAUCUUCUGUUUCUAUUGAACAAACAUUUAGGAUCUGAGUUUUUUGAACGAGAAUAUAUCCACUAAUUAACUUGAUUUUCAGUGAAAUGAAAUACUUGUAUAUUUUCAGAUUGCUUUCAGUUUUUCCCCUUUUACUAGGAAUGUCUGAACUAUAUCUGAAUUCUUCAUGCAGACACAACUAGAUCUUUAAGAGUCUUUUCUGUUGAUUUUCUUGUAGAUAUAGACACUUACAAAUGUUUUUCUAUUCAUCAUUAUUUUUUUAUUUCUGUGUUUCUGCACUUUUUUUGAUAGAAAAAAAUGAUAAGGGAAAGAGGUUUAGUUAUUUUUAAACAUGGAAAUUGUAGUAUACGUUUAAUGUAUAAAGGGAGACAACCAUGUAACAGACAACACAUGUGCUACAUCUUUGUUCGUGCAUUUUUAAUUUUUUUUUUUGGUUCUUGUCAUAUUGUGGCUGUGUUUAGUCCGUUAGAGGCACCUGGUCUAGUUGUAAUAGUUUUAUGGCCAAAGGUAGAAAGGGAAAAUUAAUAUCAUUAUAUUUUCUGAUGUCAAUCUUUUGAAAUUAAUAAUUUAAUUCUAUCAUUUCAAAUUGUUAUUUGUAUUUAGGAAUUAAAUGUUAUCAGUACAGUU